UUAAUUAGUUUUAUGAUUAACUCAUGUUUAGUCCUUCUAAUUAGCCUCCGAUCGAUGUGACAGGAAUUUUAGUUCGGACUAAAGAUCCAAACACCAAUCUGAUUUCCGUUUCCCUUUCCCAUACCCUAUCCAAACACCACCUUAGGGAUUGCGAAAUAAUUAAUUAGCCAAGCAUUGUUUAGCAAUUCCGAUCCCUUUCCUCGCUUGACCCUGACGGCCACCGACCGAGUGCCCCCACGCCGGAUCGAAGCGCGCUGCCUGGGUCUCCUUCGGUCCUUCCUGUGCCGCGUCUCCCUGAUUGACUUAGCUUUGGCUGGUAAGGGAUCCCUGGUGCAUCUGGAUGGAUUGUUAUGAGCCUGAUUCCUGUUUUGUCGGGUUGCUUUUUUCCCGUGUGAGAUCAAAUCCAUAUCUUCAUUCCUGGGACGCGUUCUUCAGUCUGUCCAUCCAUUUUGUUGUGGAUUUCAUCGCGAAUGGCUAUUUACCUUUCAAAAGUUUGGGGGUUCACCUGUCGAGGAGAUAGGUGCGUCAAGAACACGCAAACUUAAUUCUUAUGUGUUCUUGGGUUCCAUUCGUUUUGCUCCGUGUGCAAAUUCGGUUGAUAUUAUUGCCAUCCGCUGGGAUCAUGGGAGAAUGAAACCUGUUGCAGUCAUCUGGUACAAAUUCCAGUCCGCGAUGCCCUUUCCAAAUGAUUAAUUCUUUUGCGAAAUUAUUUGUUUCAAACUCAUGUCCACUGUUUGUAAGUAGAGUUGUGUUGUAAUAGGAUAUUUUGCUUUAAUCUAUCGUGCUGUAUAUUUCAGUAUAUACAUACAUGGGUAACACCCGCAUUGCGGGCUUAUCUUGUACUUCUUGUUGCAUUUUUAUGUCUUUAGAUAGCUAAUCCAAAUAAAUUGUUUCAGGUAUUAUGAACUAUGCAGCAGGCAUUGAGUUGCAUCCACAAUGUCCCAACUUGGAACAUGUUCAUUGCCUAGAGCUGCAAUCUAUGGCACUUCAGCUAGGAGGUUUGGAGGUUGUCUUCUCCUAGAGCCCAACCUGCUUUUCACCCCAUCAAAAUCAAGAACGCAUUAGGGGAAGGAAGAACCCUAACCUCCUCGAUCUGGUUGAUGUAGUCUGAGCCUGAGAAGAGGAAAGUGGAGAACUCACAAAUCCAAGAAGUAGAGGGGUGGAGGUGCCGUGGUGGAUCCAAAUUCCAAAGGAGGUGGCUGAGGUGGUGUCGUUGUAGAUCGAGACGGCGGCGGUGCUCCUGGAUAGGGAUGGGUACACGGAGGAUGGCGGCAACGCGGGAUGGUGGCGGUUGGCUGGGGACGAGGACGAGGACGCGAAAGAGGGGAAGUGCCUGGACGACGACGCGGAGGGGCGCUGGCGAGAGGCGGGGCGGUGGAGUAGACGAAGAUGGUUCACAAUUUCAGCAACCUAAGGUUAAUCGCAUCUCAUUUGAACAGAAAGUGUCUGCUAAAACAACAUUGAGAAGUAUGAGGUGUAAAGCUACUCAAACCCAAAGCGUCCAAAAGAAAUCUUCAAGUGCAACUGUUCAACGUGAUAAGAAAGGGAAAGUUCAAGGGCCGAAGCUGGACGAUGGAAGUGGCGGGUUCCCUCCGUUCCGCUUCGGCAAAGGUGGGGGCGGUGGUGGAGGUGGCGGGGGUGGCAGCAACUACUUCGGCGGAUUCCUUCUCUUCUCCUGUGUGUUGCUCCUGGAUUACCUGAAGGAGUUUGAGAAGUACCUGCUUACUCGGAAGCACCGAGGUGGAGACAACGCCAGCAACGGGCUGCUACAACCAUGAUCACCCCAGUAGCACUAGCUACUCGUUUCUGUUGUAAUGAAGAAGGCUUCUGGUUGUGGCUGCCAUUUGGAACAUAACAUGUGACUGUCAUGGUAGUUUAUGGUCUCUUUCUGAUGGACUUCUGAGAAAGAUCAUGUUGGACUUGAGACUUAAAUUACAGGACUGUGGGUAGUUUAUGUUGUCUUUCUGAUGGACUUCUGAGAAAGAUCAUGUCGGACUUGAGACUCAAAUUACAGGACUGCGUCAGAGAUGCCGAAAGUUCCUUCAAGUAGGCUGCUGAGCUGGAGAUAUGAAUCUAGUGUAAUGUAGCGUGCCUGUUUCAGAUGUAAGCCUAUCGUCAUUGGUGUGGAACGCUUGCCGACUGAAAUGUAGAAUCAGUUGACUGGAAAUUUGGCCGCCGUUCUCUACGGUGACUUUUGCUUUCCCAUUCGCUGAGGUUUGUGACUGUUGAAAUUGAGGUGUAAGCUGUCAGAGCAAGUGCUGUAUCAUUUCUGGUUGGUUUACGGGGAAAUUUCUGGGGUGAGUCAACAUCCAGUGUUUUGUGAAA